UUCACCACCUCCCUUCUCUUUAGUUCCCCGCGGCUUCCGUUCUCCGAAGCCCAAAAGAAGGCUGUUUUGAAUUGGGCCAAAGAACUUGGUGUCCGAAGCCUUCCAUCACUUAGCGUGCUGAAGAAGUGUCAGAGUUCCCUGCAGGAUCUUGUCGGCGAUCCCACUGAGAAGGUAACAUCUCACUCGGGAAAUGUAUUCUACAUCAAUAGUGUUGUGAAAGCAAUUGCAAAGGACUACGCCAAUCCCCUCACUUGCCUCGCAAUGCAAGACUAUCCAGAGGAUGGUGGAAAGGGAAUGUCAGAAGUGUUCAAUGGGAAGAAGAUGCUGUUUGAUCUCCCAUCGCCACCAGCAGUUCAGGUGGACAGGACUGUGUAUUUUACAGACAAAUUGUUACAGGAGUCGUCAGGAGGCUAUUUCAUCCCCAAACGAUUCUUU